AUGGAUCGUGUUGCAUUGGUAUCGUCAUUAGCAUGGAUCAAACGAGGUGUUGCGAAACAUGUACCCGAUAAAGUGCAAGUGAAUCCUGCUGAUUUACGAGAUAUGAUUCAAGGGGCAGAUGCGGAAACAAGUGAUCAAUCGGAUACAGACGAGGCAAUGCGAGAGGGUGAGGGCGAUGCCGCUGAAAAGCAGAAUACGCGUUCAACCCUUUUAUUCCCCCUCACCUCUCACUAUCAUGUUUUGAUAAUUUCACUUGAGGUUGGUGGUAUUCGUGGCUCUGCUCCUGAUUCAGAGGCAGAAGAACCGGAAGGGGACACGAAAGAAUCUGUUUUUUGGAAUAUUCACGAGGAGCGCAGUGAGAGUAUGACUGAAUUCAGAGUGAAUCCACUGGCUGGAAUAGCCGCAUUCGCGUCACCACUCGAUGAUCCGUAUAUAACACAACACAUUGAGAGUGAUGAAGAGGAGGAUAAGGAGGAUUUCGAGAUUAAAGAGAACGAUAAUCUUGUUGCUGUCGCGAAAAUCAACAAGGGUGAAUUCGGUCUAGAAGUCUAUGUGUACAAUGAAGAGGGUGACGAUUGGUAUGUGCAUCACGAUUAUUUACUUGACGCUCCACCAUUGUGCUUAGAGCCAAUCCAAUAUGAUCCGGGAGCUGAUGAUAGGAAGGGUAAUCUACUAGCCGUCGGCACAAUGGAUUCAGCGGUAAGUAUAUGGGAUUUGGAUGUAGUUAACGCGGUUGAACCAGUCGUGGUACUUGGCGACCACCUUUCAGGUCAGUUCAUCCCUGUCAGUUGGAAGAGUUUUCUGAUUGCGUGGUUCGCUGCAUUGAAAUGGCUGUGUAAGUUAAUUGAACUCCAAAAAAGUCUGCAUUCAGAUGGAAAGAAAAGUGCACGAAGACGUCGAAAACGUGACGGCACACACCAAACACACUCAGAUGCUGUGCUGAGUCUAUCGUGGAAUCGUGUCACUGAACACGUUCUCGCAUCCGGAAGCGCUGAUCAAUCGGUCAUUCUUUGGGAUUUGGAAGAAGCAAAAGCGAGUACUAUUCUAACGAUGUUCACUGAUAAGGUACAAUGUGUGAAAUGGCAUCCCGGAGAGGCGUCAGUUUUGUUGAGUGGUUCUUUAAAUGGUGAAUUAUCACUGGCUGAUUGUCGUUACAAUGUUACCGAGCCAUCGAGAAGGUGGAAAUUUGAAGGCGAAGUGGAACAUCUUUUGUGGGAUCAUUUCAAUCCAUUUUACUUCUAUGUUACCACUGACGAUGGGAAACUACGUUACAUGGAUUCUCGAUCAGAUAAAGUGGUCAUCGAAUGUGAUGCUCACGAAGGAGGUGCGCGAUGCAUAUCGCAAAGUUACAAAAUUCAAGGACUCAUUGCUACAUGUGGCGCGGAUAGUAAACUGAAAAUAUGGAAGAUGGCAGAGAAUAAACUGGAAGAGAUUCAUUCGGAAUCGCUAUCGCUAGGUGGACUUCAUUCGCUUGGAUUUUGUCCGGAUGUCGGAACCGUUUUGGUGGUGGGCGGUGAAAGUGGUGAUAUGAUUCGAAUGAUUAAGGUGGACCGAUAUGAAACUGUGACCAAUGCUUUCUCGAGCGCAUAG